AUGGCUACGAGACGAUUGAGCGUCAAAUCAGGAGCGAAAUCCCAGCAGCACACGAUUGCCGUCCAGAAUGACGAUGCAACGCUCGAAAGAUUAGGUGUGAAGCAAGAGCUGCAUCGAAGCUUCUCAUUCUUGUCAGGCUUAGGACUUGCUUUUUCUAUCUUGAACUCAUGGACAGCUCUAGGCGCAAGCAUGUCAUUGGCACUUCCCAGUGGCGGUCCUUCCGCCGUUAUUUGGGGUCUAGUGGCCGCUGGCAUUUGCAACUUGUGUCUGGCGGCGUCUUUGAGUGAGUUCGUGUCCGCUUAUCCAACCGCCGGAGGUCAAUACCAUUGGGUCGCUGUGAUAAGUUGGAAACGAUGGGUACCGCUCCUUUCCUGGAUUACUGGCUGGAUUAACACCGCCGGCUGGGUCGCCUUGUCCGCUGCCGCAGGUCUUCUUGGGAGCUCCCUUAUCCUGGGCAUUAUCUCGCUGAUGGACCCGUCUUUUGAGCCUCAGCGUUGGCAUCAAUUCCUCAUCUAUCUCGGGUACAACAUUGUCGCCUUUCUGGUCAACGCUUUCAUGACAAGGCUCCUUCCACUGAUCACUCAAUCCGCAUUAAUCUGGUCUCUUCUUGGUUGGGUUGUGAUUUCGAUCACUGUUCUCGCAUGCGCAUCACCAAAUUAUCAAAGCGGCCACCUUGUCUACGGCACCUUCAUCAAUGAGACAGGCUGGCCGAAUGGCCUUGCUUGGCUACUGGGCCUUUUGCAGGGUAGCUUCGGCCUCACUGCAUAUGAUGCUGUCGCUCACUGCGUAGAAGAGCUCGGAGAUGCUGUUGUUCAGGCCCCGCGAAUCAUGAUGGGUUGCGUUCUGAUUGGUGUCAUAACUGGCUUCAUCUAUCUCUCGAUCCUACUCUUCGUCUCGAAAGACCUUGAUACGGUGAUUACUUCCGCUGCCGGCCCAAUGCUGCAGAUCUUCUAUGAUGCAACAGGCAACAAAGCAGGCGCCAUUUGCUUGCUUAUGUUCCCACUCAUUUGUUUGCUAUUUGCCGGAAUCGCCAUCAUGACCACGAGCAGCCGAAUGGUUUACGCAUUCGCUCGAGACGGAGGUCUUCCAGCGUCUCGGCAUCUAGCCAAAGUCCACAAAGGGCUAGCCGUCCCACUAAACGCCCUCAUACUCACAGCAGUUCUUGUCACAGUCUUUGGAUUGAUUUUCCUCGGCUCGUCAAGCGCCUACAAUGCUAUUAUAUCAGCCUCCGUAGUUGCGCUGGGGGUUACCUAUGCCAUUCCUCCCACUAUCAACUGCCUGCAAGGCCGAAAGGCCCUUCCGGAAACUCGAGGUUUUAUUCUGCCAAACUCUGUUGGCUGGAUUUGCAACUUGGUGGGAAUUGCCUAUACGCUGAUCACAACUGUGUUGUUCAUGUUUCCCCCGUUCACACCUGUAACAGGCAGUAACAUGAACUAUUGUGUUGCGGCCUUUGCAAUUGUAUUGGUCGUUUCCGUUGUCCAGUGGUAUAUCGACGGCCGGAAGAACUACACUGGGCCCCGCCUCAACCUGGAAGCGCUCAAAAGCGGGGAGGUCAUAGGGAUGGCUCCUGUUGAGGUUACCCAGCGUCAAGGAGUUUACUACACUGGAGGCAUCUUUAUCUUCAAUGACGAUACAACAACUACUCUCUCGGCUAAAGUCACCUUCAAACUCCCCUGCGAAAACCCCGAAUCCAUCAUCAGCCCCGAUACCACAGGCAACUCGUCAGUUAUUGGCUUCUCCAACCCGUUCUAUGCCUCGAUAUCACCCCAGAUAUUCGCCCUUGCUACCGCGACCGUAAUCAGCUAUAUUCUCGUCAUCCUCAUUUUCAUCACCCCGAGGACGUUCUAUGUUGGAAGUCCGGGAGGAGGCGGCGCCCGCUUUCUGGGUCGGCGUGGCAUGAUAACAGGGUCAUACGGAUCGUCCUCUAUCGUCGGCGUCGGACGGAGACCAUUACUACAAAAGAUUGCAGCCGUCACAGUGGCAAUUUCUCUGACAAUUGCCACAGCAGACACAUUCCACGUUGCGGAGGACCAAUACAACGAGGGAUAUAUCGACUCCAGCCUGUUGGUUGACAAUGUGGUGGAUAGUUUGGAAAUUCGCAUCAUCCGAGUCAUCUCAGACACGUUCCUGUGGCUGGCACAGGUGCAGACGCUGAUACGCCUGUUUCCGCGGCAUAAAGAAAAAGUCACCAUCAAAUGGCUCGGGUUUGCCAUGGUAUCCUUCGACACAAUUUUCAGUAUUUUGGAUUCUUUUGUCAGUGGCAACCCAAGGACCAGGCCGAGGAGCUUUUCAGACGCUAUUCCCGCCCUGAAUUAUUUGUUCGAACUGGCGAUUUCGCUGAUCUACGCUUCUUGUGUAGUGUAUUACUGUCUGUCGAAAAGGCGAUUCGCAUUCUGGCACCCGAAGAUGAAAAAUAUCUGCUUGGUGGCACUUCUGUCGCUGGUCUCGGUUGUGAUCCCGGUCGUCUUUUUCAUUUUGGACAUAUCGCAACCGGAUUUGGCAGGAUGGGGUGAAUAUAUCCGGUGGGUGGGUGCUGCAGCUGCAAGUGUCGUUGUUUGGGAAUGGGUCGAGCGAAUCGAGUCGUUGGAGCGAGAUGAAAGGAAGGAUGGGAUACUUGGACGGGAGAUCUUUGACGGCGACGAGAUGCUUAAUAUGACACCUUCGGAGGACGCAAGCUGGCCCGGUGACGAUUCGAGGCCUUAUCAAGAUGGCAGUGGGCGUAAGGGGAUGGCGGAAGGCAUGGUCUCCCGGUAUCAGCGCCUUCGUGCCCGGCUGCCUCUGCGAAGGAGGCGGAAGAGACUUCCCGCAGACGGCAUCGCCACUGGUACGGAUGCAACUGAUGCAAUUGGUCAAGCCGUCGGGGUAUCACAAUACGUUAUUCCUCCACAGGCUAUAACGCCCCCCAGCAGGAGUGACACAGGAAGCGCAGCGAGCACGGUCUAUGCCGUACGCUAUCACAACUUGACAAGUCCAUCGCCAAACCCACAAGCUGAUUUGCAGACCCACCCUGAACGAUCUACCACUCUUGAUGCUUCCAAAUUGUCUGGCGACUCUGGGUCUUCUCCCUCUGAUGCGGACAAGGAACUCGCUUUGGAAACAGUACUUCCCAGAGCACCAGAGCCGCAGGGACGCAGCAUUUGGCAGGCAAUGCCGAACCCCUUUAAGCGACGGCGAUCUGAUCCUCCAGCGGAAGUCGCCGACGCUCAGAAUGCGACUGGCGUGCGGCGGUCACCAAUCGACCGCACCCUCAAUUUGAGAGAUCGAGUUGGGGCAUUUGCCACCGCGCAAAGAGAGCGGCUUGCCAGUCGAGGAAAUGUACUCGCAUCGGCUUUGCCAGUCACAGUCAUUCCAGCGCCAAAGAGUAAUGGUAGGACAUGGUCCCCAGACGAUAUUCGUGAGCGAUCAACAGACGACAAUUCUACCCGCAGAGAAACCGCAGAUGCUUCGAGACAGCGGCCAGGCAAUCCUGCAGGAAUCUCGAGCGCCCAUGACUCGGCCGAGGCGGUGAACGUCUCCGGACCUUUAGAGGGUCGAACCUGGUUUCCAGCUGAGGCACAUAUCCGCUCUCGCAUCACUCCAGGGCCUCAACACUCUGAUGGUGCCGCAUUUCCUCCCAACCCUUCGGAGAGUCUCGUUGAGGUUCAGCGAGUUCCUCCGCAAAUUUACUUUCCUCGAGGCUCACUCACAAUCUCCGAGUCAGAGGCCAGAGCUAGCCGGAUGGCUGAUCCUUUCAGUGCAGCUUUUCCAAGAUCUGCAGCAUACGUCCGACCCUCAACCAUCACGCCAAUCGCAGAGGACACAGCGGACGAGGUGGACAGUGACCUCUCAGGACCCAAAUCACACCAGCCGGAGCCCCCUAUGCCCCCAGCGCAAGAACAGAUGGCUGAAACCACCGACGAGCCUCGACAUGUCGACGUGGAAUCAUCUACUCAUGAUGCCACUGCUGAGAACUCCUCGUUGGUGACACCCACAGUGAAUCAGGCCCACGAUGAGCAGGAGCGUGUUUCGCAAACAGAGACGACUCAGGAUGCCGAUGGAAGAGACACUGGUGGCACGACGACGCAACCCAUUUAG